GGCGGUAGAUUUAGCCUCAUAGCAUAGAGACGGAUUACAAAUAAACUAAAUUCUUGUUAAAGGUGGGAUAAAAAAUGAAUUCAUCAUGUCGGAAAUAAAAAGAGUGAACCUGACUACAGUUGAGGCAUCUCAAAAGGACAAAAAAGUUGAUACUAAAAAAAGAACUUACAGGUUUGAACUGUCACUUGGGGAAUCCAAUGCAAAAAUAUGUCCAGAAUACUCGUUUGCGGAGUUAGCAAAAAAUCUUAGGCAUUCCAAUGGAGGAGACUUGUUUGAUGAAUCAGAUGAUGUUAAUGUUGCUGCUAUUGCUCAGAAAUUUGAAGCUAAAUAUGGACCCAAGGCCAUGCAAUCUGGAAAAAAGCAUCGGACCCAAGAAAUGGAUGAUUUUUAUGAUUUGGGAGAUGGCUAUAACGAAGACGAUUCAUUUAUUGACAACACAGAAUUUUAUGAUGAAGUUGUCCCAUACUCAUUGACUACCAAACAUGGAGGUUUCUACAUCAACCAGGGCAAAUUGGACUUCAAAUCUCUCAAUGAUGAUUCUAUAGAUGAAUUCAGCAGCCCUAAGCCUAUGAAGAAAAAGAAAAAGAGAGUCUUGGAUUCUGACAGUGGGGGUGAGGAUGCUGUAGAGGAGACAGGUGAAGCAUUGUCUAAGAAGUUCAAAGCAAUGAAGGAACAAAAUCCUGUUCUACAGCGUAAAAAGCUUUUGGAGAGCAAAGAAGGUGAAAAGAAGAAAAAGAAGCUGCUUGCCGGCCCUGAUGGAGAGAUUGUGAUUAAAAAGAAGAAGAAAAAGAACCUUGAAAAAUUAAAACUUAAAAAGGUCAGUGGCAGCUCGUCCCCUCAGAAAGUUGAUGAAUGUCAAACACCUGUACCUGCAACACCAGCUGUUCCAGUAGUGGCCACACCCAUGACACCUGUUUUGAACACCCCUGCCACCAAUGGUUCCGCUGAGGUUAUUAAUUUGGAUAAUGAUCCCCAGUUGAAAGAUUUUAAACACUCUUUAGAAGAAACAUUCAAUGCCAUACUACAGGGUGUAAAAGAGGACUCUUCCAGCAAGUCUGGUGGAGAGGAAGUCAAGGGAGAUCAGCAGUCAACAGACAAAAAUACUCAGUUGCCAUCACAGUUACCUCCCGAUCUUGCUGAAGCUAUUGAAAAUAUUAAAAAGGCAGCAAGAGAAAGCAAGGAAGGAAAAUCCAAGUUUUUCUCUACAUAUGUUAAUAAACUUUUAUUAGAUAUUGAACUAGGCUCUAAAAACCUUCAGUGGGGCAGUAGAACUAGUAUUUACAAUCAUCUCGGUGAACAUCUACCAUGUGGCAAGCAUGCUUUGCUGCGCAGGGCUAAGAAACUCAGGGAGUCACAACAGGAAGUGCCACUCAAGAUACCUUUGCAAAGACUCAGGGACGCCAUAAUGAGGGAGAUGCCAGGAUUAGUAGAGCAACAUGAACAAGAUGUUGCUAAAGCAAAGCUAGAAGCUGAGCUGAAAGAUGAAAACCCUGAAACAGUCAAAGAAGAAGGAUCUACUGAAAGUGAUGAAGAAGAGAAGUCUGAUAAUAAGAAAAAACCAAGGGGCCCACGCAGGAAAUUUCAAUGGACUGAGGAGAUCAGGUUAGAUUAG